UUAUCAAUCACAGUGCUGCAGUGCAAGUGCAAUAAUAUAUAGCUGUAGUGUAAUUUUUGCGUGGUGUAAGGUGGCAGAAAAAGAAGUGAAGGAAAAUUGUUUGGUGGCAGUUAGCAGAUCGUGAAGCGGCACCGAUUUGUUUCGCUUUUCUUACUUCCCGCUGGCACGGGCGACGAACUUGUUGUGGUUAGUUUAGUGCCAAUUAGGUGCGAAAAAAAUGAAAACAAUUUUGUGCUUAGUUGGUUUAGUGGCGGUGGUUUUCAAUCUGUCGAAUGCGGAGCCUGAACCAGCCGCGUCUACGGAAGUCCGGAAGACUCGACACCCAUCCAGUGCACCGACCAGCUAUAAUACAAUCGCUGGACCCGACAGUGAAACUUUAAGUAAAUUACAGAAUCAAGUUGCUCCAACGGUUCAAAUUCCUUUGAAACCUAUUAAGAGUUCGGAAGCAUCGCUAACGUAUGGUGGAACAUCAAAUCAACCGCCUAGUUCUUACAUAUCAACUACACCAGGCCAGACCUUUGGAGGACAGUACUAUGUGGCAAUGACACCUCAAGCAUCAGGAAACCAAAUGCUAGCACCAGCGACUACCCCACUGAUUAUGCAAUACAUAAAUCCACAGGGUCAACCCACCGGUGGAAUUCAGUACAUCCAACUGCUGCGUCCCGUCCUGUAUCCUUACAGCAAUCAAUACGUGCAACCGUCCUACGUGCAACAACAUCAGCAACCAGCAGCGGCCGUUAUCAACCCGCACCAGCACCUGCACCACCCACAGCAGCUUUCACAGUCCCACUAUUCCGCGGUCCCUUCGCCAACUUCUCCGCCCAGUUCUCCACACACCACGCAGUCCAGCUUCGUUCCCUUCCAGCCAUCUUCGCUGCCGCAAUACGCCGCCGCAACACCCGCUAGCCAUCACCAUCUGCAGGCCCCGUUGUCCUACAGUAAUCCCGUUGGACAGUACUCUAGUCCGGUGGUGUCUUACUAUCCACCCAGGAUUUCCCUAAUCAAUCCACCUGGAGAUAUGAAUCUCAACACUAAUGAAUAUAUGCCUUCUCCGGGAGAUCACGUGUACAUUAAAGGUGUCAAGGCCAUCCGGGCGUAAGUCAUGGUUUCCGGAACGCUUUGAGUGAGCAAAGCGCUCUCAUUCGGAAAUUACUGAGUGUUAUCCGGCAGUAAAGUCCUCUCCUCUUGAUGAGAUUUCGUUAUUUAUUGUAUAAGUAAUUAAGUGAUGAUACUCGAACGGUUCUGUAGAUGAAACAAAAUUACCAUUUGAAAAUUUCUAAUUAGAACUAAUCGUUUGAUGGUGAAAUUAUUAAAAUCAUCAUUGGCAGAAAAUUAAUUAGAAGUUUAGUCUGUCUUACACUAAAUGCUACCAUGUUACUUAAAGUACAAAAAAAUGCUUUGUUGUUUUCUAUUGUUCUAGUAUAAAUGAAACUUUUAA